AUGCUGAACACGUCCUAUCAGAAGAAAUGGUUCACUCUUAAAGGAAACCUGCUGUUCUACCGUGAUAAGCCGGCGGACAGAGACGUGCUGGGUGUGAUCGUCCUCGAGGGCUGCUCCGUGCAGCUGUGUGAAUCAGACGAGCAGUUCGCCUUUUGCCUGGUAUUCAGUGAGCCUGGUCUUCGUACCUACAAGUUCUCUGCAAAGGAUGAGUUGAGUCAGAAGGGCUGGGUUAAAGCUCUACUCUCUGCUCGACACAGUUUCCUCUGUGUCCUCCUCACUGAACUACAGCAGCAGUACCUGGAGGCAGCCAAGGCGGCAGGUGUUGAAGCAGUGGACUACUUCUCUGUAACAGCAGAAAGCAUCACUCAUUCACAGAAGUCUGGAUCAGUGUUGUACACACAGAGCACAUCACGACAAUCUGCAACAUCCAACAACAACCUGUUACAGGCCCCACCCACAACUAACAAGACAGGGGAACAGUCUGAUCACACACAUGAUUUCAGCACACUGCAUGAACAUUAUGGGAAGGAAGUGACAGAUCUGAUAGCUGAUUGGCAGAGGAAAAGAAUGGGAAAGAAUCAAGAGGGGAAAUUAAUAAAUUAAAAUGAUUCAAGUUUUUUGGAAAUUAGAGCAUUUGGAUUGGAAAAGUUUUUGGAUUGUCAUUGACACAAACAUGUUUAUUUUCACCAUUACUUUGUCA